GAUCUGACAUUAAGUGAACACCCAUGGAGGAGCAGCAAGAGUGGGACACCCACAACGAAAUAUCCCUGAAACGCCGUCGAGGUCCGAAACGAAUCUACGAUGUGGAUAAAAUUUGGGCUGUGUUGACUGAAUACAAGGAUGAAAUAAUUGAUUAUCAGACAGGCCAGGUCAGAACAUUUCGAUCGAUUCCACAUGUUUGGACAAAAAUGGCCUUCAAAUUGGAGAAAAUGGGACAAAAUAAAUCUGCAGAAUCCCUUUACACAUAUGUGUCAUGCAAUCAAGACGAUAUUCGUGUUCACUUAAAUCCCAGCUAUGAGAAAUACAAGAGAAGUGAUAAAAUACUACUAGUAGAAGAAUCCGAGGAUUCAUUAUCACGUUCCGUAGUGCAAGAGCGUUCAAAGGUGAAAAAUGCCAUUGAAUUCACAGGCGCAAUUCCUCUUUCGGAGUUCAAAGCCCUUGUAACAGAGCGUUCCACUUAUCUGAGGGAUCGAAGGACCGGCGAUAUUUCGACACGUUACCGAAUGAAAUGUCUCCCAGACAGAUAUCAACGCAGAUUGAUGGAUUUGAUGUGGGAGCAUGGUCGGAGCAGACAUGCGUUCAUGUUCGGCAAUCAUGACGUUAAUAAAGAUGUGACUUCCGGACAUUUUACGGGGACUUGCAACUGUGGAGCAAUUUUAAACUGCUAUAUGUGCGAAAAAAACAACCUGGCAUCUUUUCGAUUCGAGAUCCAAGGAGGAGAUUCACAAUUAGAUUGUGGCAAACGCCCCGUGUGAGGAGAGAUUCGAAAAGAAUUUGGCGAAAGAUUGAAAGACCUUGUUCCUCAUGUGCUCCGAAUGCAAAUGGUCAAUCAACUCAUGGAAGACGGUGACUCAGAGCCUCCACAACUUCCUUCAUCACCAGUCUUGAGAAUGAUCAAGCAUCAGACCCUAGCAGCUGAUCGUCUACACCUAGAUCCUGUCAAGGCGCUCCAAAUUCUGAAGGCGAGAGAAAUGAAAAACGAAAUUUUCACCAUAAGAUGCGAUCCAUUUUAUAUUAAUUAUUCUACUGAGUUGCAGCAAAAGAUUCAUCGUCGAAUUGCCAACAAAGGUAAUUUCUCUCUCAAGAUCGAUGCCACAUCGGGAAUAACUCGAACAUUUAGAAGAAUUGACACUCAUCACACAGGACCAAUUCACCUUUUUUCUGCUGUAACACAGACUCCCAGUGGUCAGCAAAUCGCCUUGGGCCAAAUGUUGACUGAGUCUCAGGCUGCUACGAGCAUUGACGAAUGGUUGACCGAGUGGUUGGGUACACAAAAGUUGCCGUUCCCUAAAGAGGUUGUGACAGAUGAAGGCCUGGGACUGCUUGUUGGGUGCAUUCGGGCUUUCACUGGGUACAAAACUGUUAAUAGUUACGCCGAUGCUCUUUUUGAUAUCAGUGAUACCAAUCGACUUCCAGCCUGUUACAUUAGGCUUGACGUUGCCCAUUUUCUCAAAACUUAUGUAGCAAUGUUAAAAAAUUCUAAUAAGUCGUUGGGAAAAUACUACAAAGGAGGUAUUGCAAAAUUAAUUAUGGCACGUAACAAGGAAAAUGCAGAGAUUAUUCUUCGGAAUCUUCUGAUUAUUGCUCAGAGUCCAACAUGUGGAAUGACCGUGGAGGGUUUUCCCUCAUUAUGUUCUCAUGCAAAAGAGAAAAUGGAGAAGAUUUUCACUCACCAUAAUUUCGAGAACUUAACAUUUCCAUCUAAUAGAACAGAGACUGAUGCGGAGGUUUCAACCUCCCCAAAUGCACGAUCAAAAGCAGUUCAGCCUAGUUUGUGGAAAGAUUGGGCUCUGGAAAUCAAUGGAAAAAUUUUGGAACAGAUUGAGUGUGUUGCUGGAACGAUAACAAAUGAGCUUUACUGCCCAGAUUUUUCCAAAAAACUUCUCAGUGAUAUUAAAUGGCUGCCGUUAUGGAGUUGCAUAUGCAGAGAUGAGUUCGGUUUUGGAAGAGUCCCAGCUUCAAGUGCUGCCGUGGAAAGUAGUUUUAAUAUAAUUAAAACCUGGCUCCUCGCUAAAAUGAAAUCUCCCAGACCGGAUUUGUUCAUCACGCUCCAUAAACAUUAUUUGGAUGCUCAAUCUAUCCUGGUAGGCACUAAGAUGGACAAUCAUAUAAAAGGACGAGACGAAAGCGAAAAUCGGGAUCUGCAAUUCGAAGUCGCAGAAAUAAGUCACGAACAACAGACUGAAGAGAUUGGUUCUGACCUGACAGGCGAUGAGGGAGGGCUUCCUGGUGAGCAGCCAAUUUAUCACAGUUCGCCAGUAUCAUCAGAUAAUCGUGGAAAUUUCAAUGUCGAAGAAUGUCUAAUAUGUGCUGCAGGCCAUUUGCCGACUGGAGGGCACAAAUGCGAGAAAUGUAAUCUUCCUGUUCACAUCAUCCCACCGUGCUCUGUUUCUAUUGGUGAUGAAGAGGGAUAUGGGGAGAAACGUCUCUGUAAUGGUUGCAAUAGUAAAAGAGAGAAAGCAACCACUCGACUUUGCCGCGAUGGUCAAGAGACAGGAGAUUCGAAAACUGUAUCAGGGAAGAGGAAUUUCUCAUAUUUGAAGAAGACUUAUCCACCUGAUUUUUUUACUCCGAAGAAAACGUUAGAUACAAUUCCAGUGUUAAAAAAGGGGAAUGAUCCAUCAUUGCGUGCCAUUCGCGUAAGAGGCAAACGUAUUAACUUAACGAAUACAGACAUUUUUGAUGCGUUGUUCCACGCACUUUUAACUAUGGCUUUCGAUCUUCCUGAUUUUAUACAAUACCUCGAGCAGCACCGAAAUCACAAUGCCCUUUUUAGAAUGAUUCACUAUGUUUAUACAUCAAAACGAAUUAGUCAGACUACUUAUGUCAAAAGAUAUCAUGUCCUAGCGCCACAUUUAUUUAAUGAGACACUUGGACACCAUGAGGUUGAUUGCGUUGUCAUGAAUUGUGAAUCUGACGCAGGUGAAAUUUGUGAAAAAUUGAUGGAGUCUCUAUCCCUUCUUGAGAGAACAGUCAUUUGUGAUGGCGGAUGUUCACCGAUUACGCUACAACCCUGUGUAUUGAAAGUAUAUCUCGACAAACUGAUUCGACUCAACUCUGAUUUUUUACCACUACAAGAAGAUAUUGAAGAAGUCCAGACAAUCAAGUGUCCACAUUCAUGCUCAAGAGACGCAAGUUCCACCAUCGCCAUAAAGGCUCCACUCAUUCUAAUUCAAACAAUUCUUAGCUCAGCAAAUCAACAACAGAAAAUAAAACUGCAUCAAAUUCCUAAGCAAGUUAACGUGUUGAAUAUGGAGAAACAGUUAUUCCUUCGAGGCAUCGUAGAUUCUGAGGCUCUGGAGGAUUCGCCAGUGGCUAUACGAUCUCAAAGGUUGAUAAAAUUCAUCAAUGGGAAAUGUUCUGCACAUGUGUUACGAAACAACUCGUGGUUUACGAUACAGGGCGGUGAAAAGACACGUCUUUGUCGCGCAGACAAGACCGUUCUUCCAGUGCUUGUCAUAUACUCACAGGGGGGGAAAGAUGAGAAAUAAUGGAUUAUGAAUGGACAGUUUUCCACUCUGAAUAGAGCUUAUCGUAUUUACUUGUAUUCUAUUUUCCAUGUAUACCUUCCUGUUCAUCGCAU